AUGGAGAUCGACCCGCGCCUGCGCGCCGCCUCGGACGGUCACUCUGAUGCACCCGCCCUGUCGCAACAGUCGCUUCCUCAUCCCCAUCCCCGUGCCUAUGUUUCUGCCGCCGCCGCCGCUCCCUCCCCGCCCACUAGACAUGCCGACCUCAGCGCCUCCUCGUCCCGCACGACUAGCGAAUACCCCGACCCGCCGUCCCACUUCUCCGGCGAACAUGUCCAUUCCGCCGCCGCGUCGGCGACGACCAAUGAUGUGAGCUACUACGGCGCGUCGUCUGCCCACUCGUUAUACCAGGGAGGAGGCCCGGGGUCCGGGCCUGCGGCGGAGGUGCUCGACCCGAACGAUCCGUAUGCCGAUUUGAAGCGUCCGCGCGCUUGCGAGGCUUGUCGGCAGCUGAAGGUCCGGUGUGAGCCGGACAUGAAUAAUCCGGAUGGUUCGUGUAAGCGGUGCGCGAAGGCGAGACGGUCUUGUGUUGUCAUGGUGCCGACUCGGAAGCGCCAGAAGAAGGCGGAUAGUCGGGUUGCGGAGUUGGAGAGAAAGAUUGAUGCUUUGACGGCUAGUUUGCAGGCGUCGCAUGGGCAGGAUCCCUUGCAACAGCAACAACAGCAGCAGCAGCAAGUGCCCGUGACGCCGGUGGAAUUGCCGCGCGAGGAACAUGCGGGGAGGAGGUGGUUGGGUCCGACGACGCAGGUGGCUGGUUCGUCGGCGGAGGAUCCGCAUGUGGGUUUGUCUGGGACGAAACGGCAUUACGGCGGGGAGGUCAAGAAUGCACGGAAUGAGCCGAUUCUCGGACAUGGAAAUACGAGCCCUGGUUCGGAUCAUGGAGACGGUGGGAGGACAUGGCGAUCUCCGUCGAAGCCGGUGUCUAGGUCGGAGCCGAGCGACUUCGUGGAUGUGAUCGACCGGGGUCUCGUGAGUGUGGAAGUCGCCUCGGAGGCGUUCAAUCGAUUUGUCAACCAGAUGGCCAACAGCAUUCCGAUGGUCGUCUUUCCCCCAGGCACCACCAUGACGGACGUGCGCCGGUCUAAACCACUCCUUCUCCACGCUAUCAUUGCUGCCGCCAUCGGUCCCAUCCAGCCCGAUUUGCACCUGCCCCUGGUCAACGACUUCUACAAAGUCAUCGCAGACCGUAUCAUCGUGCGCGGCGAGAAGUCUCUCGAAAUCAUGCAGGGGUUGCUCGUCACUUGCAAUUGGUACGCCCCGCCGGAUAACUUCGAAGAGUUGAAAUUCUACCAGCUCAGCCAUCUGGCCCUGACGGUCGGGAUUGAUAUCGGCAUGUAUCGGAAGCUUGGGGCGCGGAAUAAACAUUUUAGUCUGGUUAAGGAUCUGAUGCAGAAGAAGACGCCAGGUCAGGAUCCGGAUUCGCCUGAGGCGAGGCGUGCUUGGUUAGGUUGUUAUUUUGUUGCUGUGCAGUAUGCCCCCUCUUCUGUGUGGUUAAGCUCGUACAUGGAUGAGUGUGUGGAGGUUCUCGAGAAAUCGCCCGACGCUUUGCCAACGGAUAAAGUGAUGGCCCACUGGGCUAAGCUGGCACAUAUCAUCGAGGAGAUUAAUAUGCAGUUUGUGGGCGAUGAAACGACGGCUAAUGUUGCCUUUGUCGACCCGAAAUUCCAGUACACGCUCAAGGUUUUCGAAAAGCAGCUAGAGCAGUGGCGCAGGGAAGCGCGGCCGUAUGAUUCUCCCAUGCUCAAACAAGCGGAAUGUAUUGUCGAUCUCUACAUGCAUGAAGGGGCCAUGCACAUGGAAGUUAACGACGAGCCGAAAGCGGAAGACUAUUCGAGUCCUACCAGUGCAGCUCACAUGAACGCGCUGAGUAUCUGUCUCACUGCUAUCCAUCAGGCGUUGGAUACGAUUUGUGCCAUCGAUGGGAAAGAUCUCAUCGCGUUACCUGUGGUUGCGCUGGCUCGCACGUCUUUCGCCGUCGUGGCUCUCAUCAAGUUGUUUUCGUUGGUGUCCGCUCCAGAGACACGCAUCGGACAGGUCAUCGACCCGUCUAGUCUGCGGGUGGAAUAUUACAUCGACAAGGUGAUUCAACAUUAUCACCAUGCCGGUGAGCUUCCGGGCGGCCGCACUCCGAAUAAAUUCUGCGUGGUCCUCCGCAUGCUUCGCAGCUGGUUUGCGAAGCGAAAGGACCAAAUAUCCGCUCUUCAGGAAGGGUUGGGCGGGAAACGCAACGUUGUGUUUUCGCAAGAUGAGCCGGACAACGAACAGAACCAACCCUCUAAACCCGGCACUACGCCCCUUCAUCUGCUCAGCGAAGUCGCUAUGGGUGAACCGAAGAACCACGCCCAUCUCUCCUACGGCAGAGGCCAAACCCCAUACACCCCUCAAACAACUGAUUCCCUCAAUCAGACUCAAUCAUCUACUCUCCUCUCACACACUCCCCAAUCUCUCGACCCCUCCACAACUACUACAACUACCUCCUCCGACCCCUGGACCCAAUACCCCUCCACCACACCCAGACAAUACUACAGUAACCCCCCUUUCACCUCUCCAUACCAAGACCUUCCUCCCUCCGCAUCAUCAACCUAUCCCGAUCCUAACACCCAAAACCCUCACAAUCCUAAUAAUCUCGACCUUUCUGGAACUGGACCUGGUGUCUCGAGUGCAACACCUACUCCGGGCUUCUUUUUGCCGGAAUUGGGUCUCCAGGUCGGUGGCGAUCCGGAUAAUUUGUUCGCGUUGGAGAACAUGUUUGGGUAUGGGGUGUUGAAUUUUCCGGCUGAUCUUGGUGGGGGUGGGGAGGGAAUGGGGUUUUAUUGA